CCAGUAUAGACAACCUAUAUACUUAUAGUAAAACAUAGCGCAUUGCGCACUGAGCUACUGAAUUAUGAGUACUUAUCAUUUAUCCAUAAUCUGCCUAGCUAAUAAUAUAACGGUGAAGAUAACGAUAUAGUUUUAAAAUUGAAACAGAAAUCGACUCGAGUACCUUAGUAAUUUUGUUAUCAGUGAAAUAUACGUCACUUACUAUUGCGAUAAGCAAACGUCACGUCUUGUCUUUCAAAUUGUCAGUGGAUCAUUUUGUACAAAAAUGGCGGUGCUUGCUGACAUCAAUAGAAUAUUUUCAGUAUUAUUAUCAAUUAUAGUCAUUACGAGAUGUAAUGCAAAUGAUAUUCUAGGCUGUGGUGGUUUUGUUAAAAGUCAUGUCAGCUUGGAUUUUUCUAAAAUAGAAAUCGGCUUGUACACCAAAGGAGGUAGCCUAAAGGAAAAGACCGAAUGCGCACCUACUAAUGGAUAUUAUUUCCUGCCACUUUAUGAAAAAGGGGAAUACGUGUUAAAAGUCCACCCGCCGGCCGGAUGGAGCUUUGAGCCUUCCCAAGUUGAAUUGACAGUUGAUGGUACUACCGAUCAAUGUUCAUCUGGGCAAGAUAUUAACUUUGCCUUCAAUGGAUUUGGUAUUACGGGACAAGUUAUCACUGCGGGUCAGAAGCAGGGCCCCAGUGGUAUAUCUGUACAACUAGUCAAUGAUAAAGGGGAGGUGCGAAACACUUUGACCGCUGUUGGUGGAGACUUCCAUUUUACACCUGUUAUUCCUGGAAAAUACACUAUCAAAGCUUCCCAUCCAAGGUGGAAACUUGAACCAGCCCAGGCAGUGGUUCAGGUCAAAGAAGGUAACACUGCUUUGCCAUUUGGAGUGCUAGCAGUGAAGGGUUAUGAUGUCAGUGGCUCUAUCUCCUCAUUUGGUAGCCCUAUUGGGGGCAUGUAUGUGCUAUUGUACUCUAAAGAGGAAAGUCCAAAAUUCAGAGUUGAGGGCUGCAAAACAGCCUUGCUUCAAGGAGUGCCAGAUGCUCCUAUCUGUCACUCCAUUACUGAUGCUAAUGGAGAAUUUAGCUUUGGCUUGGUACCAGCUGGGGAGUAUAAGCUUUUCGCCCUGUCCACACCACCUGGCCAGGCCACCGUCACUUACAACGUUAGGCCAGAGUUUGUGCCCUUUACUGUGCGACAUGACAGCCUUUUCAUCAAGAAUGCUUUUGAGGUGACAGGGUUUACAGUAGUUGGUACUGUAGUAUCAUCUACUGGUGGUCCUGGUAUGGCUGGGGCUCGGGUGUUACUUGAUGGAGAGCCUAUUGGUAACACAGACGCUACUGGUAAAUUCACCUUACCUAAUCUGCAGCCAGCAACAUACACUUUAGGAUUCCAGCAUGAGCAAUGUGAGUUCGACGACAGCCAGCUGGUGGUGUCUGCGACGGGCCUCCUUGCGGCGCCGGUGGCGGUGGCGGCGCGCUGGCGCGUGUGCGGCGGCGUGACGCCGGGCGCGCGCCGCGCCGUGCUGCUGGAGGCGGCGGGGGCGGCGGGGGCGGCGCCGCGCCGCGCGCCCGCCGGGCCCGCCGGCCGCUGGUGCGUGUUCCUGCCGCCCGGCCUCUACACCGCGCGCGUGCACGUCACCGACCAGGAGCAGCGCGACGGCCUGCAAUACUACCCAUUGAGCCAGAAGGUCUCCGUGGGCCACUCGGAAGUAUCAGGUGUGACGUUCUCGCAGCUUAAAGGCACUCUGAGCGGGAGUGUGCGCUGCCAGCAGCCCUCCGCCUGCGCCAGCCUCACCGUCACGCUGCGCCCGCUCUCGCCUGAUGGCGGCUACGUCGGACAGCCCACCACUACGGUUGCCGUAGAUGGAAAAUACAAAUUCGAAGAAGUACUGCCGGGUAGUGUAGAGAUCUCAGUAGAAACUGACCCUCUGUGCUGGGCGGAGGCUCGCCACAACGUGGCUGUCACCCAGGAUCAUGCUACCGUGCCGACCUUUGAGCAGACUGGUUACGUCUUAAGGGUUCAUUCCACACACGAAGUUGAGGUGGAGUAUAAAAGCAAGAGCUCUGAAGGCGUAUUCUCGGUGCCGGCGGGUGCCAGCCAGCAGUGCGUGCCGGCGGCCGAGCUGUACACGCUGACGCCGCGCGGCUGCCACCGCUUCCAGCCCGACCAGGCCCACGCCGACACCUCCACGCUCGCGCCCACUACGGUGUACUUCGUGGCUGUAGCGCACGCGGUGGUGGUGAAGGUGACGUCCCCGGAGCCCGUGUCGGACCUGGUCCUGCACAUCAGUACUGACGGACACGCCGCCAAGGACGUGGGGCCGCUCGUGCCGCUGCAGCAGCCCGGCGGGGGCUACGUGUUCGAGCACACGCUCUACAUGGCUGAUGGCGAGGUGGCGCUGGUGUCGGCGUGGUCGGCGUCGCUGCUGCUGUCCCCGCGCGCGCCGCAGCAGCUGGCGGGCCGCGCGCGCUGCCAGCCGCACGCGCUCACGCUGCGCGCGCGGCCCGCGCUCACGCUGCGCGGCCGCCUGCUGCCGCCCGUGCCCGGCGCCACGCUCACGCUCUCCUCCGAUGACAUCAAACUAACGCAAGUGACUACUGAAGACGGCACGUAUCACUUCGGUCCGCUGGACGCGUCCAAACACUACAAGAUCACUGCCGAGAAAGAAUCGUACGUAUUCAGCGAGCCCGAUGACGACGGGAACAUCGUCGCGCACAAGCUGGCUGAGAUUACCGUCGAAUUGCUUGAUGAUGCUGAUGGAACGCCGCUGCAGGGCGCGCUGGUGUCGGUGAGCGGCGGCUCGUACCGUCGCAACGUGGGCAGCGGGGCGGACGGCCGCCUGCGGUUCGCGUCCCUGUCGCCGGCGCAGUACUACGUCAAGCCCAACAUGAAGGAGUACCGCUUCUCGCCGCCGCACCACAUCCUGACGCUUGCGGAGGGCAAGCACGAGCACGUGACGCUGCGCGGCGUGCGCGUGGCGUGGUCGUGCGUGGGCUCGCUGGUGUCGCUGGGCGGCGCGGGCUGGGCGCGCGCCCCGCUGCAGGCGCGCCCGCGCCCGCCCGCCGCCGCGCACUGCGCGCCCGAGGAGGCCACCACCGAGCUCAACGGCGCCUUCCGGAUUCGAGGUUUACUGCCUAACUGCGUUUACAAUCUUGAGUUGAAGGAGUCAUCUGUUCCCGAACUUGCUGGACUUAAAUUGGCUAAAGCACCUCCAACAAUAGAGAUAAAAGACAACAAAGACAUCGAGAACAUCCGGUUGAUCGCGAUUCAGCCGCAACAGAUCACGGACGUGAACGUGCUGGUGUACGCGGCCAACGUGGAGCACUACAAGACGCUGCGCCUGACGCUGGCGGCGGACAGCGGCGCGGGCCCGGCGCUGUUCGCGGGCCGCCUGGAGCCCGGCGCGCUGGCCGCCGGCCGCAACGCCGGCCUGCUGGCCGCGCUGCCGCGCCUGCCCGCCGACAACCAGACCUACGUGCUGCAGCUGCACUCCUCGCUGUCCCGCACCACGCACUCCUACCCCGACGAGGUGCACUACUUCGUGUCCGACGGACGGUUCAAGCAAUUCACUAUUGAGUUCAUACCUAAGGUGUUGUCGCACGAGCAGGAGGUGCGGCAGACGUCGCUGCUGGUGCUGCCGCUGCUGGCGCUGCUGCUGCUGGGCUGGCGGCGGCGCGCGCGCGUGUGGGCGGCGCUGGCG